AUGGAGGGUAAUCAAACCAUUUUAUCCAGGCCAAAGGCCAACAAAACAUCAUCAAGCCUGCAAGAAACUGGAGAUAAGAAUCCCAAUAUUAUCAAAGCGUUCACAUUCGAUAAAUCCUAUUGGUCGGCAGAAAAAUCGGAUGCCAAUUAUGCAGAUCAGGAACAUAUUUAUAAUGAUAUUGGAAGAGAUCUGUUGAAUCACGCAUUUGACGGCUAUAAUUGUUGCAUAUUUGCAUAUGGGCAGACGGGUUCAGGAAAAUCAUAUACUAUGAUGGGUUAUGGUCAAGAUAAGGGCAUUAUCCCUCGUAUAUGCCAGGAGCUCUUUGAACGAAUUGCUCUUUUGUCAAAAAAGGGAUCUCUCCACUUUCAAGUCGAGGUGUCCUACUUGGAGAUUUACAAUGAAAAAGUGCGCGACCUCCUGAACCCAGGAAACAAAGGAAAUCUAAAGGUGAGAGAGCAUCCAACCAUAGGUCCGUAUGUGGAAGACCUAGCAAGGCUCAUCGUAAGCUCUUAUAAAGAUAUGGAACAAUUGAUUCACGAAGGAAACCAGGCGAGGACAGUGGCUGCUACUAAAAUGAACGAAACAUCGUCAAGAUCGCAUGCUGUCUUUACUAUAUUCCUAACCUCAUUGGCAAAUCCAGAAGAAAAGUCUGAAAAAUCAAACAAAAAUAGUGGAAAGGUGGCUCGUAUUAGUCUCGUAGAUCUAGCAGGCAGCGAAAGAGUGAAUAGCACAGGCGCUACCGGUAUUCGGCUGAAAGAAGGUGCAAACAUUAACAAAUCGUUAGCCACUCUAGGCAAGGUGAUUGCAGCUCUUGCAGAACAAUCUACCUCUACAAUGAAAAGUACAGCAAAAAGAAGAGCUUCAUUCACCGGUGGUAAAAGUGCCAGCCCUAGUACAACGAUUUUUAUCCCCUACAGAGAUUCUGUGCUCACAUGGCUGUUAAAAGACUCCCUGGGUGGUAACUCAAAGACCACCAUGAUAGCCACCAUUUCACCCACGGACUAUGAAGAAACAUUGAGUACGUUACGUUAUGCCGAUCAAGCCAAGCAUAUCAAGAACAAGCCUAUCGUCAAUGAAGAUCCAAACGCUCGCUUGAUCCGUGAAUUAAAAGAAGAACUUCAAGCAUUAAGAGAUACAUUGAAGGUUUACGUUCCCGAAGAAGUGCUAGAGAGAAUCACACUGCAACAGCGAACGCGAAGGCAGUCGUUUGGAAGUAGUCGAACAUCAUCCAGAAACUCUUCUAUCAGGGAGUCUUCCGUUUCGCCCAUGCUAUUGAUUUCGCCAGAAUCUCCAGCAUUUGCCUCCAAAGAAGAGCUCAUGGAACAGUUAGAAACGUCCGAAAAACUUUUAGCCACCGUCAAUGAAACAUGGGAGGAAAAGAUGAAAAGAACGGAAGCCAUCCAUGCGGAACGAGAAAAAGCAUUAGAAGCAUUGGGUGUGAUAGUAGAAAAAGAUAAUAUGGGCAUCUAUGCUCCUAAAACUGUUCACUUGAUCAAUCUGAAUGAAGAUCCUUUAAUGACAGAAUGUUUAAUGUAUCAAAUCAAGCCUGGUAUCACUCGUGUAGGUAGACUUGGGAGCCAGGUCGCAGCGGAUAUUCGACUGAGUGGCUCAGAGAUCUCUGAUGAACAUUGCUACUUUGAGAAUCUUCCACUGGAGGAGGAUAUUAGCAAUACGAACAAGAAAGAUCAGGAAAUCAGGCACCUCAAUGGAUAUGCUACCACUAAUGGCGGACGUACUGUUACAAUUUACCCGAAUAAACAAGCUGUAACACUUGUCAACGGUCUUCGUAUAAGCGAGCCAAAGGUAUUGCAUAGUGGAUACAGAAUCAUAUUUGGAUCCGGACUGCAACACUUGUUUCGUUUCAAUAAUCCAGACGAGGUCAAAAGGGAGAGAGAUCAUCAACAGCAACAGCUAAAGUUAUUGCAGAAAUGCGACGAUAGUAACAGCAGCAAGUUUUAUUAUUCACACCCACCGGACAUCAUCGAUUGGAACUUUGCCCAUAAUGAAGCACUUCGCAACUUUGGAAGUCAGGGAAACGCCGACCUCACAAAAAUGACGGACGAGGACUUAAAGCAAUUGUCGGAUGGCAUCACAAAAAUUCGCGAAUCUCGUAAUAAAGACAGACUAUCUUCAGACAGUAACAGUCUCUAUUCGGAUUCAAUUGACAGUAACAUUAUUCCUCGAGCUUCCGUCAGUUCAACUGCUACUAGUAUCUGUAAAACAGAUGCCAUGUUCAAAAAAGCAGUACUGGCAACCAAAUAUGCAUUGAUGAAACAACAAAUGGAACGAACAUUGGAGGAACAAAAAAAGGCCUAUGAAUCUAAAAUCAAAAGAAUUUCUGCCCAUCUCCCCCCAGGAACACAACUGAGUUCGGAUGAUUUGCAUGUCGGUUACAACGCAAAGAAUGCUCCAGAGGCCCUACAGCGAUGGGUAAUUGAAAAGUGGCGUAAACUAAGAUACGUGAAAAUGGCAGAAGAUUGUCUAGUACAUGCCGUAUUGUUAAAAGAGGCCAAUGUCAUGGCAAGAGAAUUGAAAAAGGGUGUUAUUUAUCAGUUUAUUGUAGUGCAUGACGAUCUUUCUGCCAGCCAUCCAUCCUUUUGGGAGCCAACAUCGAGUGUUUUAUAUCAAGGAUCAAUCAAUAGUUAUAAUGAUGCCCAUCUGUUAGCUGACCCAAAGCCUUGCCUAGCUGUUCAAGUCAUUGACAAAUUACAUUGCACCACCUAUAUAUGGUCGAUUGCCAAACUGAAACGACGGUUGCAACAAAUGCACAAGAUUUACGAUUAUGCAGAGGACAACAACAAAAGUCUUUUGACGCAACAGCACUUUAACCGCGAAGAUCCGUUCCAUGAAAUACUGUGCCCUCGAUACGCAUUGAUAGGCUUGGCGCGGGUGCCUUUGCAAAAUUUGACAGUACAACUACACGCGGAUAACUAUGUGGAUAUUUACUGCAGAAACAGUGGAAGAGUCAUGGGACAAGUUCGCGUGAUGAUUACACCGAUUGCUAGGCGUGGUUUACUGAAACAACGUGCUCUGAGUGAAAAGUAUCUCUUACAUACAGGUCAGCAGCAAGUGUUUGAAGUACGCAUUCAAGAACUAAAGGGCAUCAAUGAAUCUGACUUCACGCAAGUUCACGCACAGUUUAGACUCUCAUCCUUCGGGAAUGUCGAAAGGCUAUCACCAGCAGAUAAAAUGUAUCAAACGGAUCCUGUGAGCGGAUUUGGAGAGGGCAGCGUGAUUGAGUUUGGACAAUGUCAGACUUUGUCCAUCAAUAUUACCAGCAAUAUGAUGGAUGUCAUUCUGAAUCAAGGCCUUACCAUUGAAAUCCAUGGACGCAUGCAAGAACAAUAUCUACAGCACAGCCAUCAGCCCCAAAGGACAGACAGUAACUUGUCAUCGAACAGAAGAGUACCCUUGUUAAGAAACUUUUCAACGGACCAGCAUACUUAUAAUGGUAUAUUGAUGCGAGAGCGUCAUGACAUACUUGCGUGGAUUCAAAUUCGAGAGUUGAAUUCACAGGGAGAGUACUGUCCGGUCAAGGUAUUGCAUUACGAAAGUCAUGAAACAAAAAAGCCGCAUUAUCUAUUUUGUUUACGUCAAGGACUGCAAAGACGUAUUUCGUUGACACUUUUGCACGAUUCGGGCAGCCGACUGAAUUGGAAAGAGAUAAAGAAUUUGAAGCUGGGCAAUAUUCGUUGGAUAACAAUCAAGUCGGAACAACAACAACAACAACAGCAAGAAGAAGCAGAGGUGUUAUCAGAUGAAGACGCAUCCUUUGUGAAUAUUAAUUUGCUGCCUAAGAAAAGCAAAACACUUCUUGGACAGAGAAACACAUCGACAUUGACGGUGGAGGGCGCUUGGGAUAGCUCACUUCACGACUCUCUGCAACUUGACCGUACAACACCGAGUGGCAAACAUGUGUGUAUGACUUUAACAUGGCAGAUUACCCAGGAGAAAAGCGACACACCUCUCACUUUUAGUACAAAUAUUAUGUUACAAAUGGAUGCAAGGGAUAAGACGUUAGCAUCCUCGAUAUCUCCGUCGUCAUUAUUUAAGCAAUUUCUACUAGCAGGCAGUGGCCAUGUGAAAGAGUAUGGAAGCGCUACAAAAAUAAUGAAUAAAGCAAGCGUCCUGUUCACAGUUGAGCUGAAACCAAGAAUAGCAAAGAAUGUAAAGGAUUUGUGGAGACUGGAUACAUCCAAAAGAUAUGUACGCGGUGAAGAAUAUAUAGGUGCUUGGGUGCCAAAAGGUGUUUCGCUUAUCAAUGAGUAUAAAGCAGCAAGACAGCAAAUGUUAUUUCGGGAAGAGGUAGCUUCAUUCAGACAAUCUAUGCUUUUACAUCAACCAAAAACAAACGCUGCAGAAAGCUCUCUACUAAGAAAGCUUCCGGAAAAGCGUAAGUUAUCACCUAUGGAUGAAAAGAAGUUGCUACUAAAAGUAAUCGAUCUUUGGCAAAGAAAGUUUGGAGAGCAAGAAGAGAUUGUAUUAAAUCAAGAUCCCCCCAAUCUAUCCUCACCAAGUGCAACCAGUACUGGAACCAACAACAACGAAGAGCUCACAAAGGUAAAAUUACUCGCACACAUCCAACAAGUAUACCCCAGUGAUACUGUAACCAAAAAAGGCCAUCUAUUGUUUAUGGAGAAUGCGAGUCAAAGCUGGCUCAAUCGCUGGCUUGUUCUUCGAAGGUAA